UCGAUCGUGUUAUUUUGUGCAUUAAAAUCAUAGAAAUCUGCGUUUAGUCGGUAAAUCCACGAUAUAAACUAUGACUCGUUGAAUAUAUUCCCUUGUGUGAUGUGAAGUGUACUGAAUUAUUCCGUUUUUAUCACAUCGAACCACGAUCUCUCAGUGUGCACUAUGUGCUAGCUUUGAAAAGUAAAAACUGAACCUCUCCCGUGUUUUGAGCUAAGAACCAGCUUGUGGCCAUUUAAACACUACGAAAAACAUAAAAUCUUCAAAAUGUCGCAGAGCGCACCGAGACGGCAUCCACCUAGUGGCGGUAAUCCAGAAGUGAACAACAUGUCGGCCAAAUUUGUUGACACUGAGUGGGAGGCGCGGGAGUCCCAGCGACAGCGCGAGCUAGAGGAAGCCCGGGCACGUGCCGCGCAGAUGGAGAAAACUAUGAAAUGGUGGUCCGACUGUACGGCAAACUGGCGCGAAAAAUGGAGUAAGGUGAGAACGGAGCGCAACAAAGCUCGCGAUGAGGCGAAACAACUUCGCAGCAACUUGGAGGCCGCCAUCAAGGAAUCGAACUCGUACAAGCGCGAAAAGUGCGAACUGGAGAUGCAAAUAACGCAACUCAAAAAAGAGAUGGAAAAGGUGCACACGCUCAUGAUGAAGCACGCCGGUCGCUUCAACAAGGCUAGUCUGGACGCGGCGGACGAACCGGACCGGGACGGACGGGGCGACAACAAUUGUUCGCCAGACAUUUCCUCCGACGGGCUGAAGAACGUCAACAGUGAGGACGGUUUGGUGACCAAACUACCGAAUCUGCCGGACGACGGGAGUAGCGCGAUGGCAAGCCUACCGCCGGCCACCGGGGUGAGCGCCGAUCUCGACAUCGAGGAGUACAUCCUGCAAGGUGGUGCAAUGCCGAAACAUUCCGUAGAGUUUAAGGACAAGAGCGAGCAGAUGGCGGAAGAGCGUCGGCUGAUUCAGCAGCUAUCGAAGGACGACUACGACGAGGACUAUCUGCUGCAAAAGAUCUCGAUGCUUCAGCACCGGCUGGACGAUGCGCAGAAAACGAUCCAGCUGGAGCGGGAGGAAAAGAAUGCGGUCCAUCGGAAUCUCGAGAAGACGCGCCAGGAUAUGCAGGAACUGCGCGACAAGUGCGAGGAGCUACGGUCAGCCAAGCAGGAUGCCGUGCGGGAACUGCUGACACUGCAGGAGCAGCAUCGGGUGGAGAUGCGCAUUACGCACAACUCACUGCAGGAGGAAAUUGCCGCACGCGAAACGCUCGAGCGACGUCUGUGCGAGCUGCGCACGGAGUUGGAGCGACUGCAGGCGGAAAAUGCCGCCGAAUGGGGCAAACGGGAGCGGCUGGAAACGGAAAAGCUCAAUAUGGAGCGUGAAAAUAAGAAACUGCGCGCCGAGUGUCAAGAUUUGCAGGAAAGGCUGGAACGGAAAGGCCGCCCGCUCGUCAACAGUGACGUCGAGCUGCGGUCGCUGCAGCAAGAACUGAUGGAUAGGAAUAAGGAAUUAAGCGACAUUCGCCAUUCGCAUAGUAAAAUGAAAAAAAUGCUCUCUGAAGCCAACACUGAGUUGGGCCACGCGGUACGACGGGCAGAACAGUACGAAACGGAGGUGAAACGGUUGCGUUCCCGUGUUGAAGAACUCAAGCACGAGUUGGCCGGUGCUGAGGAUGAACUGGAUGCCGCCUGUAAUCAUGUGCGACGGUUGCAGCGCACGAACGAAGAGCUAAGCGGUCAAACCGAGGGUUUACAGGUUCAAAUUCAUCAUCUACAAACGAGACUCCGUAGCUAUGGAUCCACAAAUCUCCUAUCGGCCAAUGAUGAUAAUAGCGAUAAUGAAUGACACACCGAUAAAGAAUACUACUCUCACACUCAACGAAGAGCAAUAGACGUGCAGCAAAGGACACCGAUGUUUAACAUACUCUUCCUGGUCCAAUUAUUAGCAGACACUCAACUCCAGUGCUGCCAUUAAAGCUCUCUAACCAUUUUCUCGGUCGAAAAUGUCGAUGCUGCUAAAGCAUUAGAUAUCAUUGUUAGGUCUUAUCGUACGCACCCAAUAUUUAUGAUGAAGAUAUUCAAAAUCACGUGUUUUCCACUUGAUCCAAGCGGAAAACUUCCCAUUACAAUGGACGAGGUACUUACGUUCUGGCACGUAGCUCAGUAAUAAGCACCAGGGUAGCUAUGGAGGAGGCAUAGUUUGAGCAGCUCCAAUUUCGAUUCCCCAGAGUUUAUAAUCGAACAGCUAAUUUCGGUUCUCUUACGCCAAUAUUGUGUAGUUUUCCGAUAUCCUAGGUCAGCUUGUAUUGGCCAGCACUAGUACAACAGAAUGUAACUUCAUUCCUGAUACAGGUUGAACAGGUUCAACUAGCCGUAGAGUAUACUGAAACGUAAAAGUAUUUCUUACAUACAAUAAAUUUCAACACAAGUAUUGUAGUGGAAGAUAAAGUUUACAAACUAUCCGUGUGUACUGGUAAAGGUUGUUCGAUGUUCGGUUUGAUUUUAGAUUCGUGUAUUCCAGGAAUAGAGGAAAAGGAAGGAAAAAACUAAAAGUACCAUCAAAUGUGAACAAUGUUGCAUUGUGUUUUUACAAUCGCUUCCGUUGCAACCACUUUGACGAUAUUUUAGCAGAUACCAUACGAAUGCAAUAAAAUAAAAGCCAGAUAAACACACAUAAA